AACCCUCUUCCAUGGCGAAUUACGGAACAAUACCAACAGAUUCAUCGAGUGUAGAUUUCAUCUCGACAGCCAAAGAGAGAAUCAAAUUAGGGUUAGGAACUCUACGUCCAUGGAGGGAGAUGAUCCACCGCUAUGCCUUUGAUAUCCCUUCCAACGUUGGUGAAGCCCUCGUUCGUGUUAGAAUCAACGUUGCCUACUUCCGGAUGAACUACACCAUCAUAGUUCUCUUGAUUCUCUUCUUCAGCUUGCUUUGGCAUCCCAUAUCUCUGAUUGUGUUUGUUGUCAUGAUGGCCGCUUGGUUAUUCCUCUAUUUCCUGCGUGAUGUUCCUCUGGUUAUAGUAGGAAGAACCAUCGACGACCGGGCGGUGUUGAUCGUGUUGUCUGUGAUCACGAUUGUUGCCCUUCUACUGACCCAGGUCACGCUCAAUAUUGUCGGGUCCCUGUUGACAGGGUUGGCGGUGGUGUUGGUUCACGGUGCCUUCAGGAAGACAGAGGAUCUUUUCUUGGAUGAAGAAGCGAUGGGUUCUGAUGGGAAUGGUCUCACACGUCCUCUCUCUGCGUCUUCCUCUUCUUAGCUCACUCUCG